UCAGCACAGCGAGGCACGUUGUGGUUUCAGUUUGUCUUUCUGGGAGGCGUGAGGAUGACAGAGCUGUGCUGAAGUUGCUAAAAGUAAAGCGAUUACAGGCAUAUUAAGAUUCAACUUGCGGACAGACAAAUAUAGAGGGAUUAACAAGAUGUCUGAGCCUAUUAUCAAAUCGAAACAAGCACAGAAAGAAGUGAAUGGAAUUUCAACAGAAGUCGUCUGCACAGAGUUCAGUAAUUACAUAUUUGUAGUUCUUACUCAGUAUGGCAAAAUCGGGACAUUGAUUUCGGUCACACCUGACUCCAGAUCUAAUGAUAUCAGCACCCCAACGUUCUCCACGAAAGUACUGCUGGGCAAAGAUGAGCCACUGACACAUGUCUGCGCCAAAAACCUGGCUAUGUUCAUAUCACAAGAAGCUGGAAACAGACCGAUCUUACUGGGAUUGGCUCUGAAGGACUCUUCCAUAGAUACAGUAAAACAACUUAAAGAGAUCAUCAAGAGUUGUAAAGUCUGGUAGUAAGUCAGAAAAAAAGAAGAAAAAGAAGCUAAAAGCUUGGUGUAAUACACAUAAUCUGGAUACGCCCUGAGUUGUUUUCUUUUUUUUUUCCUUUAUUUGAAACCAUUACUCUCUUCUAAAUUAAAUCUGUUAUAAAAAGGUUUUGCUCAAACACAGAAGUGGAUCAGUCCUACAUAGUAAAUAGUUUCAUCUUAACAUGCUUUAUUUGAUCAAGUUUAUUAUGGUAAAUGUAAAGUUGAGUUUGUCCGUUGUAAAGGAACAUUUUCUGUCUGCCCCUUUGUUCUCAAAAACAGGAAUGUUUAGUUUGGAAGAUAAAGAAUGACAAUUCCUGUUUUAUCACUGUAUGUAUCAGAUUUACUGUUUUAUUUUUUUCGCUCUUUUUGUACUACAGAAUGCAAAUAUUGAAAUGUGUGUCAUGAGGAGAAUUUAAGAAAUAAAAUAUUCCAAAGACCA